AUGGGCUGCGGAGGCAGCAGGGCCGACGCUAUCGAGCCCCGCUACUACGAGAGCUGGACACGGGAGACAGAGUCCACCUGGCUGACCAACACCGACUCCGAGAGCCCGCCCCAGGAGGGCGGCAGCGCCGACGCGGCCGGCCCGCGCCCCGGUCUUCUGGAGGAUGGGAAAUCAGCACAGACAGCUGUAACUGCAGCAUCAGCCACAGCUGGAACACUGAACACCGAGAAGAAGAACAGUUGUGGUUCUCAGUGUGUGAACUCUAUGGUCCAUGGUACAGGAGCUACAACACAGAGACAGAGCAGUUUCAGGACAAAAGAGAGUAAAUGGGACACACAGAAAAUGGCCACAAAGGAAGCUGCCAUUAAUGUUACAAAAAGCAUCAGACAAAGCGACAGAAGGAAAACAAAGAAUUGUGUUAAUUAAUGAGGAAAAGCACAGGUGAGGAUGGACCUAACAGGGCUGCACUGCAAUUUGAAUAUCAUCAGUCACUGAAGAUAUUAAGAUCUCCAGAUGUUCCAGGUUGAAUGCAGCAGGAUGCUGCUGCUGCCAAGCACCUUCAGAAGCAUGUUGUGUAGAAGCCAGCUGCAGACACUGUAAGAUGUUUGGAUGUCAUUUGCCUAAAGCAGUGGCACUGUGCAGACAUAUGCCAAAAUUUGUGCCAUUUGGUUUUUACUAAGUCUUGUGUUAUUUCCUUGUACAUCCUGUUCUGCACUACUUAGACUGAGGCUGGAGGAUGAGAGAUACAGUUCAUUGCAAUUUAAACCAGGAAAUUAAGAAAUUAAUCUGCAUUUUUAGUCAUAAAAGGUAAACUCACAAAAUUCAUUUAAAGUGUUCAUUAUCAUAAAACUCAAACCCAGAAACUG